GGCAGAUGCGUCAAGUGUGCAUGAUAAGGCAAUUCUAUCGAUCCCAUCUUCCGCUAUGUUUGUUACAAGCGUAGCAGACACUUUCUAGAGACGACAAGCUCCUGAAACUCGCGGGCAUCCAGCUCUAUUCAAAAGAAUGCUGGGACCGAGGUUGUAUACGCUGCUCUCGUGUUUUCACGUCUUUCAAGCUUGGUCUCUAAGAAAUGUUGAUCUAACCCUCCCCGAUUCGGGGAUCCACAGUCACGACUCCAGGCACGGAGGGAUCAGAAUGGGGGUCCCUGAUGACCUCUGUGACAACGGAAAGAAUUACUUAAAUGUGGACUGGAAUCUCAAAGACCCCUCUCUCUAUAGCUGCACAUCACGACUGGUUGUACCUAUAGCGCCGGAAAUAAAGUCAAGGGCUUAUUGCACGGAUCAUGAAGACAUGCCUAUUCAUGUAUGCAUGAACGAAACAAUCACGUAUACAGAAACUAUACCUUUAAGCGGUCGGCAUCGUCCUCUGUGGCCUGUUUAUGGCGAGUAUCUUUACCUUCCACCACAAAGAUGGGUGCAUUCCUUAGAGCAUGGUGCUGUAGUCAUGUUAUAUCAUCCUUGUGCUAGAAAAGACGAGGUCCAAAAAUUAAAAACCAUAGUUGAGAGUUGUUUACGGCGACACGUGAUUACACCGUAUAAUAAACUACCAUUGGCAGAGCCUUUUGCACUUGUGACUUAUAAAUGUCGACUUACCAUGAAUUAUAUAGAUGAAGAUGCUGUAAUAAGAUUUAUUCAGAAACAUGCCCUUAAAGCACCGGAGCGAGCAGUGUGGAGAGAUGGGGAUUAUGCUUUUGGUUUGUUAAAAACUAGCAAGACGCCAUAUGGGAGUAAUGAGAAAGAUUCCACGCUUUGUCCUCUACUGCGCAUGUACGGAAAUGCAGAAUGAAUGAUGGCAACGGAUGUGAACUCUAGUCAUUUUUUUAAACAUAUGUUCAUGUGAUCGACACUUUAUUUUAUUAAAGAAUUCUAACAUUA